CAACUGCCAUAGAGAAUCUCUCUGUCUCUAUCUCUAUCUCUCCAUGGUCUGCAAUGUAAUCUCACGUGCACCAUGCUGUAGCUUUUGUUGUUUUUUUAAGGAUGAAACCAUCUUUUAAAAAGUUGAUCAACUUUCUUUCAUGAGGGAGAACCAGGGGAUGAUAAAAGGAGGACUUUGUUUGGUCUUUUGGAUGUGUAGUGCUUUCUUUCUUUCAUUUGGGGUUCUUUGUAGGGAACAGUUCCACUCUCUCUCUCCCUCUCAAUUCUCACCUUUCAGUUCUUAUAAUUUCAAGAGAUUCCCUUUUACGUAUUUUAUCUCUUCCUUCAUCUUUGUCUUUCCACUUUCCUUUUAGGAAAAGAAAAAGAAAGAGAGAAUAGACAAUACAAACGUGUGUCUCUUGUGUAUGUGUGUGAAACAAAGGACCAACUUUAGAGGGGGAAAAAAAAAGAUUGGCAGUGUGUAAUAAGGAUCUGAAUUCUUGCAAAACAUGGCAUUAGAGGCAGUGGUUUACCCUCCGGAUCGAUUUACUUACGGUUUCAAGGACAUCUUCCCUGUUGCUGGUGGAGGAGGAGGAGCCUGGGGAUAUGAUUUUUGCUUUCAAGAUGAAGAUAAAGUUCUUCCUGUGAUCCUUGAAACCAACUUACAACAACAAGGGAGUCAUGCAAAUUGGGACUCAUCGUCUACUUCAGUCAUGCAACAACAACAUGCAAAGGAAUUAUGGGAUCCUUACUCUUCUUCGCCUGAAACUUGUACUGUCGACCAGUCUCUCCCUGGUCCUGCAGCUGGUUUCCAAGCUCCAAUAGAACCCCCACCAGCUUACACGGCGACCAACGGUGGUGGUAGACGAAAACGUCGUCGCACCAGGAGCAGUAAGAACAAAGAAGAGCUAGAGAACCAGAGAAUGACUCAUAUUGCUGUUGAACGCAAUCGUCGGAAGCAAAUGAAUGAGUACCUUGCUGCUAUUAGAUCUUUGAUGCCAGCUUCUUAUGUUCAAAGGGGUGAUCAAGCUUCGAUUAUUGGGGGAGCCAUUAAUUUCGUUAAGGAAUUAGAGCAGCUGUUGCAGACCAUGGAGGCUCAUAAGUGGACCACUCAACACCCAGAACACAAUGGCGACCCUUCACCCUUUGCUGAGUUUUUCGCCUUCCCGCAAUUCUCGACUCGUGCAACGUCUCACUGCAACAAUUCCCCGUCGUCCAUGGCAGCUGAUCAGCCCAUGGCCGCCGAAAGUGUCGCGGAUAUCGAAGUGACCAUGGUGGAAACCCACGCUAACCUUAAGAUACUCUCCAAGAAACGACCCAGACAACUCUUGAAACUGGUUGCUGGGUUACAAAGCCUAAGCCUCACCAUUCUCCACCUCAAUGUCUCCACUGUUGAUGAAAUGGCUUUGUAUUCAAUCAGCGUCAAGGUUGAGGAAGGGUGCCAUCUGAACACUGUGGAUGAAAUUGCAGCAGCUGUUAAUCAAAUGCUGCGCAGUAUCCAAGAAGAAGCUGCUUUUAGCUGAGAGAAAACUGAGACGUAUAAAGCUUCUAUGUCUGUUGUGUCCCGCUGUAAUUUUUUUUUCCCAAAAAUCGAUGGAUCGAACGGGACUCCAUUGUUGUUUUGCUAUCUAAUUUUCUCGCAAGGUCUGCAAAUUUAAUAUAUAUUUUACUUCAAUGUAUUUUGGAGACAUACAGUGUAAGUGUAGCGAAGUGAGUACAAUAUUUUUCCUAAUGUUGGGCCUGCUAAUGGAGGCAAGAAUUAAUCAAAUUAUAUGUCUUAUUAUUACUACUUGGUAAAGAAAAAAAGUUGCCAUCAAA